AUGAUUUCAACAACCACUUGGACCUGCUGCCUCCUUCUCGUCUUGAGUUUGCUCUCGUUGCAAGUACUUACUGUCACUGGUCAACAUCAAUGUUGUCUUCCUCCUCAAUAUUCUCAUCACGUUCGAACACAAACUGCCACAUCUUCCAAUGCUUUAAAAGCCAAUUUCACAACAUUGACUGUGCAUCACACUUACGUGGACUCUCUUCAACAUAGAAUUCGAGAGGAUUAUCUUCAAGUUUAUUUCAAUGAAUAUCCACAACCAUCGUAUUCGAUAUUGAGUUUCUUGUCCUCGGAUUUAUCCAUGAAAUACAUCUAUAGAUGGAAUUCUACUUUGUGUUCAUGCAGAAAAGAACGAAAUACUGGAGGCACUCCUUUCAAGAAAACCUGUGCUCAAGGAAGCACUGUGAAAACCUCCAACAUUGGUCUAUAUCCCAUUAUGCUCUUUACGGAUCAAGUCUAUAAUUCUCAACAAUUUGUCAAUACAAGAUUUGUCACUUCUAGAGUGAAUGGUCAUCCAGGAAAUUGUUGGAUCGUUGAAGCCGAUGAGAUUUCUGAUAAUGCCAAUCGAAAAGAAUACAUGAAUGCAGUUUUUUCAGAACAACGUGCAGUGGUUUCUGAGAAUGACUUUGUAUUGGAUUCAAAAUGUCCUUCCAUCGACAAGUGUUCAUGGGAACAAGCAUGA